UCAGGUCAAGGCAUUAGACAGCGCCACUCUGGCAGGGAACGAUAUCAAUUCAUGCAACGAGGAGAUGCAUUUCGCAACCAUUCUGCGUUUUGAGCCAUUAUGGAAAUAUCACGGACGCCAAUACCUUUAACUCAUAAACGCUGUUCCUGUUUGGGCCAGAUGAUUGUAUACAGUCGUCGAAAAUGAGAGACUUUGACCAUUUUUCGAUGUUAUCUUGUGUUCCCAUCUUUGUACAAUGACGAACUGCGUGCACAUACUGUACAUACUGCAUAUACACGUGUAGAAUAGGACUCGACGCUUACUCUUGUCUAUGUCGUCGUGCAUAAAUAAGAAAAUGCCAUUUGACGGGAGUGCGCUUCGUGUGGACUGAGUGGGUUAAUACAUGUAUGCAAUAGGAUGGCGCUGGCGCUGUCCAUGCUGACCGAAUUGGACUGGACGACAACACAAUGAAUGGAAGGAUAUGGAGAAAGAAGCUCAGGCGAAAGCUUGCGUUGGUGAUCUUCACGAUCACAGUGGGUUGCUGUCUGUACAUGAUUCCUAGUUCACCUAGGAGCUUGGAAUCUCCGGAGACCGAGGAAUCGCUUACCGACACUGACAGUGAUGAUACUCAGCCUAGCCACCACCAGCCACUCUACAGCGAUGAUAUCAUCAAUCCUCACCCUUACAAUUUCAUCAUAGCUAACCCUACACGUUGUGAAUACAUGAACGACUCGGAUGGCGGCCAGCCAUUCCUGUUGAUCCUCGUCAAAAGUGCGCCGGGUGAUGUCUACGAUCGCCAGCAGAUCCGCCGGACAUGGGGCGGUACGCAAACGGUAUCUGGCAGACUGACCAGCACUCUGUUUUUGCUUGGGCUGAACCGGGACCCGGAGCUUAAUCGCUCGAUCCGUGAGGAAAGUGAGCGCUUCAACGACAUCAUCCAGGAGAAUUUCUUAGACGCUUACCAGAACCUGACCAUCAAGAACAUCAUGGGGAUGAAGUGGGUGGCAACGUACUGCCCCAACGCUACCUACGUUGCCAGUGCCGACGCAGACGUCAUGCUAAAUACAUUCAAUCUAGUCAGGCGGCUGCUGGACAAACCACGCCAUAGCUACGCCGAGGGAAGUCUGCGGAGAAACUCGGAGCCGGUCCGGAAGCCAAAUCAGCACAACCACAAGUGGCUGACGUCCAAGGAGCUCUAUCCGGAGGCCACCUACGCGCCUUUCUUCCCGGGCUCCUGUUUCGUGAUGUCCGGAGACGUGGCGGCCGACAUUUACUACGAAUCACCACACGUGCGCUUCCUGCCGUGGGACGAUGUCUUCAUCGGACUGGUCAUGAAACGGAUUGGAAUCGAACCCCGGCACGGCAAAGGGUACGAACAGUACGUCAUUUUGAACAGUAAUAAGGCAAUCACCUGGGCUCUUGUGCGGGGGAUUUGUGUUCUCAUACGACAUCAGCUGGAUGGCGUGGAUGAGAAAUUAGUGGAAUUGUGGAAAGCGGCUGUGGCAAAGUCACAGAUAAAGUAUCAGUCAAACUUUACCCCGUCCCCAGUGCUACAAAGUGUCUUGAUUGGCAUACCCAUCAGCAUAGUAGUAAUCAGUCUGGUUGUGGCCAUAAUGCUGGAUAUUUCCAACAACGCCAAACGCUCCAACUCUUUCCAUAAAAGAUCAGUAGGUAGAUCCAUGCAUCUCCGCCCUCUGACAUAUUGACCAAUCACUGCCAACGAGUAUGAAUUUAGCUUCACAUUCAACAGGUUGCAGUAUACGUGAAUAGAUAUUCUACAAUCACAAAGGGUACUUCAGUGAUUGCUUAAAAGUAAUGCACGUUCUGGAACACAUUCAAAACAUUAUUUGUGGAUUGACAUGUUUAACGACACUACCCUCUACCCAUCUAUUACGAAUGACAAUUAAUGGGGAUUUUGGCAUCCAAGCAUAAUUAUUUUCCGACCAGCAUAAUUAUUCUCCGAAAGUUUUUACCGGGUUUUUGAGGGGAAAAAAUCGAAAACUUGCAGACUUUUCAAGUACUCCCUUCGCUUGACAAACUUUAAUUGUAGGCCUAAUAUCCAAAUGGGGUUGGGUUAUAAAACGCAAGUGCUUUCUUUCUACCACAAUUUGGAUUUAAAUACAACCCAUGUUUGUCCCCCCCCCCCCACAAAAAAAAUGAUAUUUAAAAUUUUAAAAAAAUGUUGAGUUCAGACAGUUGGUAAGGUAACAUUAUUAGCAAUUACUACACUCACUUUGUUGACGAUUAUUUGGAAACAAAAGUGGCGUCCUCAAAUUCGUGUUUGUAAUUCAAUUCGUGUGACUUUUUGUAAAACUUUUCCAUUUAUCCAGUUUUAUUACAAGGUGUAUAUAAGUUUUGUAUUUAAAAUUUUUGUAAUGCUAUCUGUUUUUGUAUUUUCCUCCAUAUUGGCUGGUGUAAUUAAACCGACUUGCCUUA